UUCUUGUAUGUGCCCUGACUGGGGAUCAAACCAGCAACCUUGGCGUAUGGGGACGAUGCUCUAACCAGCUGAACACCCAGCAGGGUGAAAAACACUUCUUGGCUCCAGGGCAGCUGCCUGCUGUAUUAAUCAGCUCUGGCUGCCACAACAGGCUCUGCAGACCAGGUGGCUUUAACAACAGAAAUUUACUGUCAUAGGGCUGGCCGCCAGGCAGUCUGAAAUCAAGGUGUUAGCAGGGUUGGUUUCCUCUGAGGCUUGUCUUCUUGACAUGUAGGCAGCCAUCUCCUUCCUGUGGUCUCACAUGCUUGUCCCUCUGUGCUUGUGUGCCCUAAUCUCUUAUAAGGACACUAGUCCUAUUGGAUUAGGGCCCACCCAUAUGACCUCAUUUUAGCUUAAUUACCUCUUUAAAGACCAGUCACAUACUGAGGUACUGGGGGUUAGGAUUUCAGUAUGAGUUUUGGGUGUCACAGUUCAGUCCAUGCACCUGCUUUCUUGCUGUGGCUUUGUCAAGUUGCCUCCCCUUCUGGGCCCCUGUUCCCCAUCUCUAAAAAUGCAGGGGUUGCAUGGACGGCCCCACUGAGCUUGGAACUUGUGGAUGUGGGAUUGCAACCUGUCGGCUCCCUUUCCCUCAUCAGGUCCUGGAAGCUGGCGUGUGCUAUCCUGCAGUGUCACAGGUUCCACACAGCUGGGAGUCACUACAAGGCUCGGACUGGUGCUGAGCACCUGUGGCUGAUGCGGCAUUUGAAGGACCCAUUUGUGAAGGCUACUAAGGUGGAGAGUUACCGGUGCCGAAGUGCCUUCAAGCUUCUGGAGGUGGACACGAAGCAUCGGAUCCUGCGGCCCGGCCUCCGGGUCUUAGACUGCGGGGCGGCCCCUGGGGCUUGGAGCCAGGUGGCUGUGCAGAGAGUCAACGCUGCAGGCACAGAUCCCAGUAGCCCUGUUGGCUUUGUGCUUGGGGUUGAUCUUCUUAACAUAUCACCCCUGGAAGGAGCAACUUUUUUGUGCCCCGCUAAUGUGACUGACCCAAAAACCUUGCAGAGGAUCCAAGAACUGCUUCCUGGCGGGAGAGCAGAUGUGAUUCUGAGUGAUAUGGCCCCCAAUGCCACAGGGAUCCGGGGCCUGGACCACGACAGGCUCAUUGGCCUGUGCCUGUCCCUUCUGGACAUGGCUCCAGAUAUCCUGCACCCUGGGGGAACAUUCCUCUGUAAGACCUGGGCUGGAAGUCAAAGCCACCAGCUACAGAAAAGACUGACAAAGGAAUUCCAGAGCGCGAGGACCCUGAAACCUGCAGCCAGCAGGAAAGAAUCCUCGGAGGUGUACUUCUUGGCCACACAGUACCGCAUGGCGAAGGGGUCUGGGGAGCACUGAGCUUUCUCCUGCCAUUUCUGGUUCUUUUCACUGCAAAUACAGCUGCAGGCUCCUGAGGUGCGGUUGGGGGGCCUGGGCGUGGCCUGGGAUGCAGCAGGCAGGACAAGUGAGGGAUAGAACUCUGUUCAGCAGCCAUUAUUAAAAACUGUCUAUCAUGCCA